CGCAGAUGCUGGUCCGCCCUGGCACAGACACACACAAGAGAGACAGACACACACACUGACAUAGUUGUUUUGCGAUGAGCAGCUGUCUUACGGUCUCGCCAGCAUUCAGGAACGCUUACCUUGAUCAAACCAAAGGAUCCCAGUGAGGCGGGGAGGCGGGAGCGAAGGAGGACCAGAGAAAGACGUGCUCCAAGAAGGAGAGCGAGAAUGGGAUAGAGAAAACAAGAGAAAGAUGUAGAACAUGGACUGAGGACGUGAGACACAGAGCAAUGGGUCUUGGGAGAGACCGGCUGAUCAGAGGUCUGGCUCUGCGUCUGUGCCUUCUCCUCACCGCUGUCUGCGUCUGUGUACACAUUUACCUGGAACUGGGGGUCAGUCCGGGGCCACCUCCCCCACUGACCAGCCAGCUGCAGCAGGACAAGGGGCGGGGGGGCAGGGACCCCAUGCAGCCCAGCGUUGGAGGCCAGGAUAGAAUGGUGAAGAGAAGGGUGUCCUACGUUCGCACGCUGAAUAAGGACUCCGUAGGUGGGAAGACAGGCGGAGGGGAUGACCAAUCCACAUGCUGCCCGCCAUUGCGCCCUGAUCGUAAGUCUCUCAGAUGGCACAUAGAGCUAGAACCUUGGGCAAGUGAUAGCCACUCCCUGGAGGAGGAAGCCAGGAGGUUCCUUCACUACAUCACUACACCACAGGUGUCGUGUGCCCCCCGUUCGCCAGAGGACCCCCUGGUAACAGGGGCUCAGGAGGGCCCCUGGGCCUUAUGCCUGGACAACCGGUACAGUCUGGCACACCGGAUUCAAACCAAACAGUGCCGUGUCUACUCCCUGGGGUUAGGUGCAGAGGCUAAAACCCUGGAGCUGUCUUUGGCCAGGGCGGGCUGUGAGGUGCACUGCUUUGACCCUAGCCUGAGACAAGCCCAUCUUCAAGAGUCGGACAUGUGGCUCCAUCGUCUCUCUGUAGACUGGCGGGACCCCAACCCAGCCAUCCCCGCGCAGCGACAACGCGGCAACACCAAGAAACUGGCCACCAUCCUGAAUGACUUCGGACACAGACAGGUGGAUGUUCUGAAGGCAGAUGUGGAAAGUGCAGAGUGGAAGAUUCUGGAGAACCUGGUUCUAGAAGGUGUUCUGAGCUCAGUGGGUCAGCUACUUCUUGAAGUCCACCUCCACUGGGCAGGAUUCGAGGUGGGCGGGGACAACCCCACAGUGGUGCGCUAUUGGUUCAGCUUGCUGAAGGAGCUGGAGCGUGCUCACUUCCGCCUCUUUCAUCACCACAGCGACCCAGCCAAGCCCCACCUCUUCCUGCACAGGAAUGUUCUGAACGCCAGCAGUGCCUAUACACUGGGUUGGGUAAAUACUCAAUGGGGAACCUGAGACCACCAACUGACACCCCUACCAACAAUGAAAAAGGGAGACUGGGAACUUAAUCCUGUGAAAUGUAGCCAGGCUAUGAUGUAAAACGAGUCAUCAAUCACAUGGGACCUUUAAUGUCGAACACUUACCAAAGUACUGUACUUAAGAAACGAAUGCCUAAAUAUCUAUUGAAGUUUAGGUAGUAUUUUGUGAGCUUUAUUCUUUUAACAGUUUGCCUCAGUACUCUGUUCCACUUCUUCAUUCCCUCCAUGGUGAGUUAAUUGCCUCAUAAGGCACUGAGGUCCAGCUGCCGGUCAGAGCUACAUCAAAGUGCCUGUGUCAGCUGGAGGUCAGUGGACGAACACUGCAGCAGCCAUCCUUUUCAUCAUGGCCUUAUCUGGGCUUGGUCCUGAGCCAGCCGGCCCUAACUGACUAAGACACCCAACUCCCUCCUGAAGAAUUCUCCUCCUUAGAGGCACGGGUAAUGAAUAGUGAGGGGAGGGGAGGUAAGACCACGGCCCCAAAUGGAAAGCCUCAAAUUGUCCAGAAGAUCUUCAGCAGAAAAGGGCACAUGGGGCUAGGGGCGUAAGACAGAGGCCGAGGGUGAGAACGCAUCAUUUAGCCCAGGAAUGAGUGUCAGUGGGAAGCAACUGACAAGGCUGGGAGGAGAGCGGGCUGGAGGUUACAAAGACUCAAACAUUUCUCUGGGAGGAGAGACUGUGCCUUCUGUAGAGAGACAGACACACUGAUUGUCUGUUCAGAGAUGGGCAAAGCAGGGUUUCAGGGGUAACCACUGUCAAGUGUACCUCCAAAAAUCAAAUCACUCACUUCUGAUUUGUGUCAGUAGACAAUUAACAUGUAUGAGAACCAUUAAAAUACUUGUUUGAAAAGUCUUAAAGAAAACAUUGUGGGAGACAGCAUGCCUGAUAAAAUUUCACAUGUUAGGUUAUCUGAUAGCAAAUCCAAAAUAUGGUGAAAGCGUGUGUGCAUUUCAGUCACGUGCGUCCUGCUGUUUUCCCAAUCUUUCUCAAACCUUCAUCAUCCCCUUCAGUCUCUCUUCUCAGCUUCAAUCGGCAGCUCUCUAAACACGUUUGUCAGCAAAAAAACGGUGGGCCCAGUUGAGACAGAGAUUUCAAGGAUGAAUACAAUGUGACUAUUCAUUAAAAUGUAAUAAACCUGACUGUUUAAUGUG